CAUAAAGAUUGUGUUACCUUUGCCUGUUCUAAAACUCGAUUUUUGAUCAUAAUAACUUAAUUUUUAUUGUUUACAUCACUGACGUUGAUAAAUAAACAUAAGUUUUAAAGAAAUCUACCAUAGACAUUCGCCUUGAAAUUUGUUCUUUAGUUUCGUUUGUUGAAGUUUAACAGUGAUGUAUGUGAAUUGCUGCAUAUUUUCAUAUGUUUUUAAUUGUUGUGAUUGAUUUAACCUAAAUUCUUUUUUACAAGUAGUGUUUUGGUGUUUUAAUUUUUAUUCCAGCUAAGAUCCAAAAUGAACAUCAAUACAGACAUUGAUCCGUUAAGUAACUAUGAUUACACAUACGACUACAACUCACAUCCACUCCGCCCCUACACCAACCUUCAACCAGUAAAACAGGAGCAACCGAUGAUUAACCAAGAAUUUCUACACCACUUCAUGGAUAAUGUCUACAGAAACGACAGACAAUGUACUAGCAGUCAAGAUAUCCAGUACGUGCAAGCCAUCCCAAACACAAGUAACGUAAACCAAAAUAACGAAAAUAUUUGUAACGAUGCGCAAAAUGAAAAAACCGUUGAUGAGGAUAUCAAGCCUCUUAUAGAUCCGAAGAAGAUUAAAAAGGAGAAAGGCAGAAAGAGCAGUUAUUUUUCUGAGAAAAUAAUGGAUAACGAUUUCAAAUUCUACGGAUGUUCUGUUUGUGAUAUAAGCUUUUCUGUUUUACACGAAUUAGACCAACAUGUUACUACACACAAGGACAGGAUAACUAGCUACGAUUUGAAAAUUAAGAAUCAGAUUAGAAGGAAGAAUUUGAAAAAGGAUCAGAAAAAGAAAAAAUUAGCGAAGAAUGUAAAAGUUGAGAAUGAAGUAGCGAUUGAUAUCAAGCCUGAAGACGGUUAUAUUGGUAAUGAGAAAGCAUCGGAGUAUCAAAAUGAGAAUAACGAAAAUAAUGUCAAUGAUAGCAGGAAUAGCACUUUAAAUAAUACGGAAAAAGGAAUAUCUAACGGAAAUUUAAAUAGUGGCAAUACUUUGGGCAACGGAAAUAGUGAAAAUAUAGAUAACGAUUCUAAAAGUGAUGUUAAAAAUAGUUUAGCUAGAGUCAAACAAUGUGAAGAUAAUCAAACGGAUGUGGAUAUCACAAAUUUAGCGAAGAUUUACAAAUGCUUCGCGUGCAAGAAGCAAUUCACACUGAGCUAUUAUUUAAAACUUCAUGUGAGAUCACACACUGAUGAGAAGCCUUAUACGUGUAGUGUUUGCGGACAGUCGUUCAUUACGGCGAGCAAACUCGGGAGGCACAACAAGCGUAUGCAUCUAUCUGUCCGUUACCAGUGCAGGAUAUGUUACAGAUUCUUCUCCAGAUUCGAAUGUCUGACCAAGCAUUUCGACAAUAAGCACCCUGACGAUAAAUUGGAGGGAGAGCCUUAUGACUACAAUGCCAUCUUGCCAUAUCUGAAAGAACUAGAGGAGCAGUUGAAGGAAAAAACAGAGGACACGAAGCAGACGAAGACGGAAGAUCUAUGGGGCGACUGGCCCGCGCCCAUAGACAACGGCAGAGAGACGCUAGAGUCUAUGGAACAGAAACCGUUGGAGAUCAUUGUCGACGGGGAUAUGCCGCAUAUUGUACAAAUAAAAAAAGAAGAACCCAGUCCAGAAUUCGAGGCAGUGAAGGACAGCGAUAGCGUGAAGAGCGAGAGAGACAGAGACAAUGAAGACCAGUACCUCGAUGACAGCUUCCAAAACGACAACUCUCAUAAUGACAGCUUUAAUAAUGACAGCCAUGUCGAUGUCAAGGAGGACGUGUUCAAAGAAGAAGACGGGAACGUUUCAGAUGACAAUUAUUUCCCAUCGAACACGUGGGUCCCGCCCACUCCGAAAGUGGAAAUCGACGAGCCAACCACAAGAGGGCGGAAGGCCACGCCCCUCACGUGUGACAUAUGCCAUAAAAAAAUCAGCUCAAUCACGUACAUGAGAAUUCACAUGAGAACGCACACAGGGGAGAGACCUUUUAAAUGUUAUUUAUGCAAUCGAGGAUUCAUCACGUCGAGCAAACUCCACAGGCAUGUGUUGACUCACUCGGAAGCUUGGGAAGGAAAAUUGGAUGGAGAAGAUGAAAUAGAAGGCAAUGAUGAAGAAGACACGGAAGCAGGAGAAGGCGACGAAAAAGUUAAGAAGAAAUCUGGAAAAAAAGACAAAAAAAAGAACAAAAUAAAAAAAGCGAAGGCGGAAUUCGCGGCGAAGUCCAAGAGCGCGGGGAAGAGGUCCAAGAAGUGGCAGCACUCGUGCCAGUUCUGUCACAGGAAGUUUUUACACGCAGAGACUCUGGAGGUGCACAAGAAGUGUCACACCGGCGAGGAGGCGGUGCCGCGCUGCCAGUACUGCCUGCUGCCAGUACUGGACGCGGCGGCGCGCGCGCGGCACGAGGCGGCGCACGCGCACGCGCCCGCCCGCUACCAGUGUCUGCGCUGCGGGAAGCUGUUCCGCCGGCGCGAGGCCAUGAUAUAUCACAAAAAACAACACGACAACGAUGAGCUGUAUUGCUGUGAGAUCUGUCUGAAAUCGUUCAACGCACAAUGCAAACUGCAGAGACACAUGCAGAGUCACAGAGAGAAGAAGUUCACACUGAAGUACGAGUGUCCGGUGUGUGCUCACAUGUUCCAUACGAAAUAUCACGUUCAAAUGCAUCUUAACACGCAUCAGAAGGAGGGGUUGAUAAAAGAGAAAAACCGCAACGAAGUUCUCGCAAUGGUUUUGCAAAACGCGCGAAAAUUCCCGAAGCAUCCAGAAGGCGGCCCGCCGGAGCCGAUCGCGAACGAAGACAGAUCUCGUGUAUGCAACAUAUGCGGCGAGAUAUUCCAACAUUUCUACUUCCUAGAGGAACACCUCAAGAGCCACGGCACCAAAAUGGCUUUGGAAGACCUCAACAGCGAGGAGGAGAAAAAACACAUAUGUCCUGUUUGCAACAAAGGAUUUAAAUUACACUAUUAUUUGAAAUUGCACAGUUUUACACACACAAAAGAGAAACCUUUUAUAUGUCAACAAUGUGGAAAGGGAUUUAUAACGCGCGGGAAACUGAAAAGGCAUUUGGAAACACACACGGGGAUAAAGAAAUUCCAGUGUCACGUAUGCUGCAAGUUUUUCACGCGCUCGAGUUAUUUGAGAAUCCAUGUGAGGACUAUUCACGGCACCCAAGAUUACAACUCAAGAUUAGGGAAAGGUUAUAUAGAUAGGAUGGAUGUGUUUUAAGUUUUGUUUCGCAAUUUAAAUUGUGUUUUUUUUCUGUAUUCGUCUGGCGCAUAAUGCGCACGGCGCAAAAUGUACACUUUGUGCGAUGUGUGGGCGUAGUGCGGGUUUGCUUUUCACUUGUCACCAUCGAACCUAUUGGAAAUGAGACGCAGCGAACCAAUCACAUUGCGCCACUGUGACGCAACGACAACCACAGUGCAAUGUGAUUGGUUCGCUGCGUCUCACUUCGAAUCGACUCGAUGGUGAGUCUCACUUCGAAUCGACUCGAUGGUGAGUAUCACUUCGAAUCGACUCGAUGGUGAGUCUCACUUCGAAUCGACUCGAUGGUGAGUCUCACUUCGAAUUGAUUCGAUGGUGAGAAGUGAAAUGCAAACCUGUACUAGUGUUCAUUUUGCGUUAGAAUCUUUUAUUCUACGGUGUUAGGUCGGUAUUGUUUUGUUGAGUAUCAAAAUACAACACGUGUUGUACUUUUGUAUAAAUAUUGAAGAAUAUUGUUUAAUUUUUUGGCGUUCUAAAUUAUGUAUAAUUAAAUAUUGGUUUAAAUGUUGCAGGAGGUAUUGUACUUAUCAAAUUAAUUGUAGUUUCUUUGUUUAGACUUUCUGUUGCCUAAUGGUAUACGCUGUCCCGGGUUCGAUCCCCGGUCAGGUCAACAUGGGAAAAGAGUGACCUAGGUCUUGGAUGUUAUAUAUAUAUAUAUAUAAAUAUAAAAAGAUGAAAAAUAUAGUUUUACCACCAGAUUAAGUUUUGGGCGAUGUUACACCCAUCAAACUCUUUGCCCAGUCAGUAUGUUAGUAAGCAAUCUGGUAGCUAUAUUUUUCAAUUUAUGUAAAUAGUGAAUUUAAAAUAUUUGAGGUUGUGUUGACAAUUGUAAAUGUAUGUAAUCUUUGUAAAUAGAUUUUAAUACAUUACAGUUGGAUUAGCGACGUUUUUAUUGUAUUCAAUGUUGAUACAAAUUGUUUUCAAAAUGGAACGCUUUGGUGUCAAUUUUCAAUUCACUUUUCUCGUUCUACGCACUUGUACUUAAAAUGGAAAUAAAUCUAGCGCAUAAUGUGCACUGCACAAAAUAUCAAGACUGAUAACAACAGCCUGAUAACAACAGCAUUUAUGAAGAGGGUUGACUUCAAAAUGGUCGUAAAAACAGAUUUAAAGGUUUAAAGGUUUAUUUUUACGCAAGUAUCGGGCUUCGAAGCCCCGAAUACAUUUAUGUUUUUACCCGAGCGAAACCGGGCCGGGCCUCUAGUACUUUUUAUUAUUUAUUACAUAUUAGUAAUUAUAUCAGUUUAAAGGAGUAUAAAACUGGAGAUUCUUCUCAGCGAUGGGCUAGCAACAGUAAAUGUGAUCUAGCUUCUCAAAAAUGUUAAAGACGUGAUUAUAAGUGAAAUAUGGAGUGAAUAAUUUUCGAAUAUUUGUCUGUCACUGUACAUAAAACAAAAACAAACAAAAUUAUUGACCUUUUUUGAUACUUUUACCAUGUCACUAUUCGUUCAAAUUCGUCAAGCAAUUUAAUACAUACCUAUUCAAAUUAAGUUAACAAACACUUCACGCCUUAGUUUAAUUACCUAUAUUUUGUUUCUUAUUAGUAUUGGAAAGAAACUAAAUUGGCACAUAGAUGUGUUUGUGUCUACUACCGCUAAUUGGACGAUGGUAUUUUUAAAAGCCAGUGUUAGCAAUACACAAUAGAAAAAGUAUUGAAUAUAUUAAAAUUGAUCUAAAGUGUUCGCUGGCUGAUGAAUUGAACUGAUUUUAUUCGAUAGAUUUUGGCGUUGAUUGAGAAUUAACGAUUAACCUCAUUAGAAGAAUUAUUUAAUAGCACCUUGGGUUUAGCGCAUAAUGUGCACUUGACAAAAUGUUCAAAACAAAACUUGUUGGGAAGCAAACUGUCCUCAAUCCGUGCUGGAUGCGUGACAGGGUAGUGUAAGGUGAAGACCAGCCAGGGUUCCAUAAUGGUGCCAUAAUCGCAGUGCAGGCAAUGUUCCUGAACGCACUGCUAUCAUGAGACGAUCGACCCUUAUAAUUGAAUGGACGGGACGAUAUCAGAGGGACAUACAUAGCAUAAAACAAAGUCGCUUCCCGCUGUCUGUCCUUAUGUUUAGAUCUUUAAAACUACUCAACGGAUUUUGAUGCAGUUUUAAUAGGUAUAGUGAUUCAAGAGAAAGCCUUAUAUGUGUUAUAACGUGCACCCGUGCGAAGCCGCAGGGGGUCGCUAGUGAAAUAUUAUAUUAAACUGAGAUUGUAUAGGAUUGUUCGUUGUUCGUUGACAUUAUGCGAAUGGUACAUUUUGCGAAGUGCACAUUAUGCGGCAUGUACUUACGUUGGUUCGGUAAACAAGGGCGCAGGUUUAAACAAUUUUGGUGAAUGUUUUUGUAAUUAUAUAUUUAGUGUUAAUUAGCUAAUUUGGUGUUAAUGUUUCAUACACUAUUGUUGAUUUUGUAAGAAAUAAAUGAUUCAUUUUA